CCCAGAAAUAACGUCCGCGCCAUGGCGUACGAGUGUCCCGAACGAGUGUUCUCUCGUUGAUCAAUUUUCUGGCACAUUCUCCCUCGCUCUCUUUCUCUCUCGAUACGCGAUAACGUUGAUAACGCGCGGCCUCUCCCGAGGCUUUAGACCGACGAUACGUGCGAGCGUGUAAUUUAUCAGCUUAUCACGAGUAUCGAAUUCGCUGCUGCACCUGUGUUACGCAAUCGAUUCACGUGAUCCACGUGUGUGGGUAAAAUAAGAACGCGCGGUGCGGAUCUGAGGUGACCGGCGAAGUCGGGCGCGAUGAGAGCGCACGUGAUAACGUCUCUGACCAAGAGAGCCGCGCCGCAGCUGAAUUAUUUAUCUCGUCGUGGGUCCACCGCAAGCACAUGCACCACGUACGACCUGGUGAUCGUGGGCGGCGGCAUCGUCGGCUGCGCGACCGCCCGCGAGAUGAUCAUGCGGCAUCCGAACAUGAAGCUGGCCAUUGUGGAGAAGGAGAACGCUCUAGCCAGACAUCAGACCGGCCACAACAGCGGCGUGGUGCACGCCGGCAUUUAUUACACCCCUGGAAGCAUGAAGGCGAAACUUUGCGUGGAGGGCCUGAAGCUGUCGUACGAGUACUUUUGCAAGAAUAACAUACCUCAUAAGAAAGUCGGCAAGCUGAUCGUCGCCCAAAAUCCGGCUCAAGUCAAGAGGAUAGACGAUCUCUUCGACAGAGGGACGAAAAACAAAGUGCCGGAUUUAGAGAUUGUUGAGAAAGAUUGCAUUUCGAAAUACGAGCCCAAAUGCAAGGGAGAAAAGGCUUUGUGGUCACCGUGGACCGGUAUAGUGGACUGGGCGGUCGUGUGUAAAUCCUUUGCCGAAGACUUUCGGAAGAUGGGAGGAGAAAUCUUUCUCAAUUUCGAAGUAAUCGGAUUCGCGGAGAUGGCGGAAUCGAAUGCGAAGAGUCAGCUAACUCCCAUAUCGGUUCAAUCGAGAAACAAGUGCAUACCAACGAGAUACGUGCUGACGUGCGCUGGUCUGCAUUCAGAUCGACUGGCGGUGAUGACGGGCUGCGAUUUAAGUCCACGAAUAGUGCCGUUUCGCGGAGAGUACCUUCUGCUAAGCGAGAAGCGGCAUCUCUGCACGACCAAUGUGUAUCCAGUGCCCGAUCCCAGAUUCCCGUUCCUGGGCGUGCACUUUACACCCCGAGUGAACGGCGACAUCUGGUUGGGUCCCAAUGCCGUUCUUGCGUUCGCUAGAGAAGGCUAUAGUUGGUUCGAUAUAAACGUAAGAGACUGCAUAGAGAUGGCAAAGUUCCCCGGUUUAUACAAACUAUGCUUCCGAUACUUCAUACCGGGCUGCAUGGAGAUGAUAAAAUCAAUUUUCUAUCCGUUGGCCGUAAAGGACCUUCAGAAAUUUAUUCCCGAAGUUACGUACAAAGAUGUUAAAAGAGGACCGGCGGGUGUAAGAGCACAGGCACUGGACAAGGACGGCAAGCUAGUCGACGACUUCGUUUUCGACGGAGGCACCGGUACGAUCGGAAGCAGAGUAUUGCACUGCCGAAACGCGCCGUCGCCGGCGGCAACCAGUUCCUUGGCGAUAGCAAAAUUUAUCGCCGACAAACUCGACCGCGACUUUAAAUUUUAACCUAAGCUGAUGUACAUAAUUGUCUAAUCGCUCAAACGUGCGAAGUGCGAUACGGAAGAAGCAUUUAAAAUGAGAAUUCCCAAAGAUGAUUGCCAUAUAAUUUUUGUAUUAAACAAUUUUCUUGAAAAAUAUAAAUUUGUAUAUUGAUCUAGAUAUGUCUUAGUUGUUACAGUAAUAAAUAUUUAAGAAACAACUCGAUAAAAUAACAGCAAAAUGGAUCAUUAUAUACAAAAUUCUACGCUAGCCUUUUGGUUUUAGUUUAAAAUGCCUUGGAACAAAAUACGCUACAAAUAUCGACAAACAUCUGCAGUGCUUUCAUGCUUUCUAAAAGAAGAGCUACGAUUUGUAUUUUUAUAAAUUACCUAAUAAGUUAUUUUCUAAUACGCGGAUAUAAUACAUAAAGACUUCACACACGAAUAUGUACAGUAAUGUGCAAUAAAGUCGAAAUAUAAUGUA